AUGAUGGGAGAACCGAGGAUAGUCUGCAAGAUAUGCUAUGCCUCCAGCAACCACAAGGCCGUCCCGACACUCACUCCGGAGAGCAAAGUCCUGAACGAAGGCAAGUGCUCCGUCUGUCGACAAGGGUGGGCACCGAUUAGAGUGGCCAAGGACCUCUCGCUGGGCGGCAAGUGGGUCAGAAUUCGCCCUCGACCGAAGAUAGGACCCAGCACGGAGUUCCAGAUGUGCAAGAACAUCCAGGGGAACCGUGGAGAGUGUCCUCGUGGACUGGACUGCUCCUACGCCCACUCUCGAGUGGAGCUAAACCAAUGGAACUUGGAGCGCAAGCAGGAGCCGCGGCCAGCACCGUUCAUCUCGGGACAGUACCAGAUCUGCAAGCACAUCCAGGGGGGAGGCCCCUGUCCUUACGGGCAGAGGUGUACGUUUGCUCACACCGAGGAGGAAUUUCAGGAGUGGCUCCGCUGUGUCCCUCCCCCGAGCCCCGCCUCUCCUGCCUCUGGGUUCUUCAUUGUAGGAGGAGGAGGAGGAGGGAGUCUGAGGUGCGACGUCUGCUCCCUGACCUGCACCAGUCGGAAGCAGCUGGAGGACCACCUGGCGGGGGGCAAGCACCGAGACCGAAUGGUGCAGUUGCAGCACCCUCCUGCCUACCACCCUCCCCCCAUGCCAGCCCCCCUCCACCCCAUUCGCAAGAGGCCCCUCCUCUCCUCCCAGAUCAUGGGGUUCAAGAUGUGCAUGCACGUGCAGGCCGGCCGGCGUUGUGUCUAUGGGGAUUUCUGUACGUUUGCCCACUCCACUGAGGAGCUGGCCAUGUGGAACAGACAGCUGUCAGUCCCGCCCCCUCCUUCGUCCUUCAGACCUCGCCCACCACAGAGCAGACCACCUCAGCCACUCCCACCACAACAAGGUCGUGUGCUACACAAUUCAGUGGAGCAUCAGAAGCCAGACAUGUUUACAGAGUCGUCAGGUCUGGACGACUUUGACGAGACCUUGUCCUCAGCUGCUGCCAGCCACCAGCCCCACAUGAUGGAGGAGGAGGAGGAGGAGGAGGGGACAGUUGUGCCGCCUGGUGACUUUGCUGAUGAGCUUCGCAGGAGAAUAUCUGGAGAGUUUAAUGAACAUCAGGAUAUCGCAGGGUUCCAGGUCUCACUGGAAGGAGUGAGCGUGGAGGAAGUGAGUGGACAGGAGCCAUGCCUCACGUGGACACAGCCUGACUCUCUCCACUGGAUAUUUGAGGUCUCCUCAAAUUCACAGAGUUGCAGAGUUCUGCAGUCUGUGGUGCUAUUCGAUGCCCUGGCCACAGACUUCGCCAUAGUGGAUGUGUGGUGUGUCCAGUACGGAGCUCAGCUGCAGAGUCUCCACGGAGCCCCAGCCCAGCAGGGGGCUGGCCUCCUCCUCGGCCACACCCUCUCUCCUCAGGUCAAGGUCCAGGUCAAGAUAUCUCUCAAGCCGAGGUCUGGUGUGUUGGGCCAACUGGUGAUAUUUGACUUUGGCCCCGCUGGCUACCUGGCACGAGGUCUGAGUGUCCAUGUUCUCAACGAGACGGAGAAGAAACAGAUGGUCAAUAUUGGUUACUCACAGCGGACUCUGCGCCCACCCAAACCUGACCUGUACUGGGAGCAGCACUACACGUCACUGGCCAUGCCUGGCAGAGAGCAGGACGAGGUCUUCGACUCUGGGCUGGCUGACUACCCUCUUCCCGAGCAGAUUGAGAGACUCAUCGAAGCAGGCAAGUACAAUAACGUGGAAAAUCGUGUGACGAAAGAAAACUACAAACGAAGAAUCCACAACUUGCUGUACCUCGAGGAGUACCAGCAGAGACUGGACAUGAGCAGGUACGAUAUCUAUGACAUUGAGAUCCACCCAGAGAGCUCCGUACAGAUGUCCCACGGUACGGUCUAUGCCACUGAGGGUUUCCAAUACGUGACUGUCUCCGUGGAGGAAGUGUUGUUUGAGGGAGGACGCUCCAUUAGGCAAGGAGACAGCUGCCUCCUCCGGCCAAUGAACCAGCAAGUUGUCCACGAGUGCUGGGUGGAGGGAGUUGGGAGAGACAGGGUCACUCUUCAGAUCUCAGAGAAGGCCAAGCAGGCCAGUGUGUCCUCUCGCAACAGGUGCUCUCUGAGGUUUGUGCUGAGUCGGACUCACAUGAGAGAGAUGCACUACGCAGUGGACCAUCUGGACCUGGGUGUUGUCUUCCCUGUCCCCCAAAGUGGCAGCAGAGGAAGUGACCCCAUCCCCCCAGCCAUCUCCAGGUGCCUCCAGGAGCUGAAGAAGACAAAGCUAAACCAAGCUCAGCAGAAUGCUAUCAACAGCAUGUUGGACCCUGCCUGCCAGCAGGUACAGCUCCCGUCCCUGGUGCUGGGUCCGUUUGGCUGUGGGAAGACCCGGACUCUGAAGGAGUGUAUCUUGCUCCUGUCCCUCCUCCGGGAGCCGACCAUCCUCAUCUGCACUCACUCCAACAGCGCGGCCAACAUAUACGUCCAGGAGCUGAGCAGGGAGUACACCAAGAGGGCCAGUCAAGUCUCCAUGAUCAGGAUCUACUACACUGGGAGGCGACCGGACACCAUCCCUGCUGAAGUCAGACCUUACUGCAAGUUUGAGAACGGCAGGCUGGCCCUCCCCUCUCUCUCUGAGCUCCGUCAGUUCCGUAUUGUAGUGGUGACUCUGAGCACCUCGCGGAUCCUCAGUCUCAUGGGACUGCCACGCGGCCACUUCUCCCACAUCUUCGUCGACGAGGCCGCUCAGGCCCUGGAACCGGAGACUCUGAUACCACUGGUGUUGGCCGGGGAGAGGACAAAGGUCAUACUGGCGGGGGACCACAUGCAGAUGGACCCUCCCUGCCACUCCUCCAUUGCCCGCAGAUAUGGACUCCAUGUGUCCCUACUGGAAAGACUGUUUGACCAUGAGGCCUACAGCAGUGGUGUUGGCCAGCUGUGCAAGACACUCCUCACAGAGAACCACCGUUCACACACCCACAUAAUGGAGAUACCGUCCAAACUGUUCUACAAGAACAAGUUGACGUGUCGGGCCAAGUUCCCGGCCACAGGUCCCCAGAACUUCCCUCCUCUCAAGUUCAUCGGAGUUGACGGUCAGGAGGCACAGGACGAGGACUCUCCCUCAUACUACAACAACCACGAGGCCCUGAAGAUCACCGAGCAGGUG